AUGUCGAAUAAGGCCGUCUUGGGUGCUCUCUCAGCGGUCCUCCUUGUGGCCGCGGUGAUAGGUACGGUAGCCACCGUCGCAAGCUCCAACCAUAAGGCGGCGAGUGAUGAUUCCCUUGCCGCCUCCUCCAAGUCCGUGACGGCCAUCUGCGCCUCCACUGACUACACUGACGUGUGCGAACGGACCCUCAGUUCUGCCAUCAAUGGCUCUGCCUCUCCCAAGGAGAUCAUCCAAGCAUCCUUCAUGGCAGCCAUCAAAGAAAUCGAAGCUGCCUCCCACCUGUCCAAGAACGUGAGUUUGAGCGCCACUGACUCGAUGAACAAGGAUGGGUUCGACAUUUGUCGUCGACUCUUCGAGGAUGCUAAUGAGGAGCUACAAGCUGCCUUCUCGGAGACUCAUGACCUUGACGGUUUGGCGAGAAGGACCGAUGACAUCAAGUGCUGGCUUUCAGCCGUCAUCUCCUACCAGCAGACCUGCCUCGAUAGCAUCACUCAACCCGACCUACACUCGACCAUGAAGGACGGGCUUGUCACGGCCUCUCAGGUCACCAGCAAUGCCAUUGCCAUCGUCGAUGGGCUCAGUUCAUUAUUCAAGAACUUCCAAGUUCCCAUCAACGUGACCAAUAUCGCCAGCCGCCGGCUACUGUCUCAGGGGAGCGAUGCCAAGGGUUAUCCCACGUGGUUCUCGGCCCAUGACAGGAAGCUCUUGGCUGCCAGUGCGAGAGGUGAGUUGAAGCCUAACAUGGUGGUGGCUCAGGAUGGGAGUGGAGACUAUAAGACUAUCAACGCUGCCCUCAAUGCCAUGCCCAAGAAGUAUACAGGCCGCUAUGUGAUCUACGUCAAGGCCGGGAUCUACAAGGAGAAUGUCCUCGUCACCAAGGACAAGGUGAACGUGUUCAUGUAUGGUGAUGGACCAAGGAAGACAGUCGUGACUGGCAGCAAGAACAACGUCGAUGGCGUUCAAACCAUGAAUACUGCGACCUUCGCUGCCGAAGGGCAGGGCUUUAUUGGAAAGUCAAUGGGGUUCAGCAACACCGCUGGACCAGAGAAGCACCAAGCCGUGGCGCUUCGUGUGAAAGGGGACAUGUCAGCCUUCUUCAACUGUCGUAUGGAUGCGUUCCAGGACACUCUCUACGUGCAGGCCCAUCGGCAGUUCUACCGCAACUGUGUGGUAUCGGGGACUGUUGACUUCAUCUUCGGUGACUCCUCCACCAUUCUUCAAAACUGCCUCAUCGUGGUGCGGCGCCCCAUGGACAAUCAACAGAACACGGUGACAGCACACGGACGAGAGGAGGAGAAGGAAGAGACCGCACUUGUGAUCCAAAACUGCCGAAUCGUCCCCGACAAGCGCUUGUUCCCGGACAGGUUGAAGAUCCCCAGCUACCUUGGUCGGCCUUGGAAGGCACGCUCGAGGACCAUCAUCAUGGAAUCCACCAUCGGCGACUUGAUCAAACCGGAGGGAUGGUUGCCAUGGGAUGGCGACCAGUUUUUGAACACACUAUAUUAUGCCGAGUAUGGCAACCGUGGGCCCGGUGCCGGGACCAGCGGCAGGGUGAAUUGGCCUGGGUUUCAUGUCAUCAACAGGCAGACGGCCCAAGCGUACACAGUGAAUUCCCUAAUCCAAGGUCACCGGUGGAUCAAGUAUUCGGGCAUACCCUAUCUUGGUGGGUUUAAAAAUUGA